AUGCUUUUCGGCAAGAAGAACCCCGCAGAAUCUUUCCCCGCACUCACUCCUGACCAGCUCGAGAAGCAGCUCGAGACUGCAACGCGCGCCGAAGACGCUGCAUCGUCCCAGUAUUUCUCCAGAACUGGCGUCGAUGAGGCUGAAUACCCGUACUUGAGCACUCUGGUGGCGCGGGAUGAUGGUGUCUGGGCGUGUUGCUGUGGGCAUGAGAACGUGCUGGUUCACUAUAGCGGCAAGUUCCCCUUUAAACAUCUAAGGUGUGGCAAGUGCAAUCACGUCGCGUGUAGCAUUUGCCAGAUGUCUGACAUCCUGACGCCGCAGGACGGCGCGCUAUGUCUGGACGAGAUUGUGGAGCGUGGGCAGGAGGUGAGAUUUUGCUUUGUGUGCUGGAACUGUGGACUGUCAUAUCGUGCUGUGAGGCAUGCUGGAUCCAUACACCCUCCAGGAACGUGUCAUUGUGGAAACAGAUUCGGUAUCGAAUGGCCUCGAUAUCGAAUUGGCUCGGUGGAUGCGUACCGUCGCGAUCCAGUGAAGACGGCACACGAUGUGAAGCAUAACCUGUGUCUACGCAAGUCAGAGAAGGUCUACGACGACGCGCAUGCUGAGUCUAUGCGCAAGCAGCGGUUGCAGGAAGAACUGCGACAAGAGAAGAAUAGGCUGCAAGCUCAGCAGCCGCUUACGCUGCGGACGCAAGACGAAUGGCAGGCGAAGGAGCGCGCGCAGCGACGUCCCCAACCGCUACGCCUGCCUGGCUGGACUCAAGAAUGCAACGUCGGCCUCCUCUUGAUCCAAACGCCAGGGCGUGCUUGCUCCAGCGUUCUGGAGCCCAACGUGGUCCCGUCUCAGCAACCCAAUCUCUUUAUUCUCCGCCGAUCGGAGACGUGGACAACGGCUAAGAACCAUGAACGCCUCAACGAGGAGGCUCAUGGGGUUGUGAAGUCGACGUUUGAAAUGAGGCAGUAUAAUUAA